AUGAGUGGGGAACUUCAUGGUUGUGUUUGCUUAGUAACGGGAGCCACGCGGGGUAUUGGGAAAGGUAUCGCGGUGGAGUUGGGUCAAGCAGGAGCCAUUGUGUACAUUACUGGACGUACAUUAAAAUCUGACAGGAAAAAUGUUGAGGGUUCUUUAGAGGAAACAGCAGAAACUAUAAAUAAUUCUAAUUGGGGAGGCAAGUGUAUACCAGUAGCUGUUGAUCAUACAGACGAUGAUCAAAUCUCCAAAUUAUUUGAUCGGAUUGAACGUGAACAACAUGGACGUUUUGAUAUUCUAGUCAACAAUGCUUUCAGUGCUGUUGGUUUUCUGUUGAACAAUCUAGACAAGCCUUAUUACGAGAUUGAGAGUAAAUCGCCAGGUGAAGCAUGGGAUAUAGUAAACAAUGUUGGUUUAAGGAAUAAUUAUAUUUGCUCCGUUUUUGCCACAAAAUUGAUGAUAAACUAUCAGGAGAAGUUGAAAAGGGAUGGUGCUAAAGAUGCUCAUCUCAGGCCGGGACUAAUAGUAAAUGUUUCGUCAAUUGGUGCAAGGGUUUACUUUUUCAAUGCAAUUUAUGGAACAGGUAAAGCUGCAUUGGACCGAAUGACGUGUGACAUGGCUUACGAUUUAAAGCGGACUAAUACUAAUAUAUGCAUCUUCAGUUUAUGGCCAGGUCCAGUCCGUACGGAAACUGUAGUUGCAGAAGCUAUUGACGGAACCCUGAAACUUGGCGAAAAGAUCACUUUUAAUUAUGAUACCGCGGAAUCACCCCAAUUAUCUGGUAGAGUAAUUAUUGCAAUAGCAAACGAACAACGAGAUAAGCUACUUUCAAGAAAUGGUCAAGUCAUUCUAACUUGUGAUAUAGCUGACGAAUAUAGCAUUAAAGAAAUAGAUGGCAGAAAACCAAUUAAUUUACGUUCAUUACAAUUAGCUGUGAAAUCUCAGUAUUCUUUACUUGGUUACUUUAUCCCUGGUUUUAUUCGUAUUCCGUUGAGUUUGGUAACAUACUUUCUUCGUCGUCAAUAAACGUUCGAUAGAUUGAAAAUGAACAGAUUAAAAUACACGAUUAAAUAUUUAUACAGUAAA